AUGACAACCUCAACAUCCCUCGGUGCACUCACCACCACCCUCCUCAACGCAAACACCUUCCACCCAACCCUCUCCAUCACUCUCGCACGCACAACCAUCCCCAGCUCCAUCUCCCAUGCCUCAUGCAGCGCGAAUCUCCUCAUCAACCUACCCAGCGGCGUAUUCUACGAUCCGUUCACCGCCAGCAAUCCCAUCGUCGGAAGCGGUAGUGGCUCGCGUGGGCAGGUGAUUUCUACUUCGGGGCUGGAACUGGAGCAUGCGGUUGGGUGGACUUCUCGUUCGAUGCAAGGGAGGACGAGCAGACAGUGGUGGGAGCGUUCGGAUGACGAUGAGGAGCAAGAAGGUGGUGGAGUGGAUUUGCAAGAUCUGCUUGGGGCGGCACUGAGGCGAAAAGCGCAGGAGGUGGAGAGGAGGGAGGUGGAAGGUGGUGCGGUGAGAGUCAGUUUGGAUUCUAAAAAGGUUCGGGUCAAGGCGAAGGGUCAGAUGCGGCAAAGGCAGGAGUUCAAGCAGGAACGAAGUACCGUCGUCAUUCCCGUGGACGAGCUGUUGAGGACAGACGGUGGGCUGUUCAAAGUCCAAAUACCACUGCACGUACGGUACCAUCCAACCAUCGAUUCCGACGCCAACCCAUCCUUUUCAACAUCCUUCGCCGAACUGUUCCACCAACUCAUCCCUAUCUCCCCCACAUCUUCACCCCAGCAUCUCAAACUCACCCUCACCCAUCCAACCCUCUACAUCUCCUGCCCCUCCUCCUCCUCCUCCACCCGCUCACCAACUUCCCUCCUCCCCGCCUCCCACAUCCACCUCAAACCCCUCCUCACCAAUCACCUCUCCUCCUCCGAUAAGGUCGUAGCUCACACCUCCACAAGUGGGACCCUCGUGCUGCAGGUACCCACCCCACCCGCGAAACUGCUCACAGCUGUAAGGGCGGUGACGUUGAUCACCGUGGUCGCGGUGUGUGCCGCCGUGCUGGGGCAUUUGUUGGUCAACAUAGUGCCGAUGUUGGACGCGGUGGAGAAGAUGGGCUGA